CCCUCAGCGGCCAGGCAUUGUGGGGGUUGUAGUCAGGAGCUCUGGCUCUGCUUACACGCUUCCCCCGUUUGGGGCGGGACUCUGGCUCUGGGCCGGCCGCAGAAGGGGCUGGGGGAAGAGGCGGCCGGCAGUGAUUGCCCUCGCGCUGCCGCCGUGAGCUAGGGAGGAAGCAGGGAGUCUUCUGUUGUCCCUCCGGGUCACCCCGUCUGUGCUAAGAGAGCAGAUAACGGCUGGGAAGGGGCCGGCGGCGGCCAAUGCGAAAUUGGUUGGUGCUUCUGUGCCCGUGUGCGGUCGGGGUCGUGCUGCACCUCUGGCUGCUCCUCUUCAGCUGCCCGGCUAGUGGCCCCGGGAAGCAACACCCGGCAGGUCUACUGGCUUUCUUUCCUCACUGGAAACCGAAACAUUAUGAUGUCAUCGUAGGGGUACUGUCUGCACGACAUAAUGAUGGGUUGCGGAAUGCUAUAAGAAACACUUGGUUCAGGCAUUUGAAGCAGCACCCAGGACUGAGCCAACGUGUCCUUGUGAAGUUUAUAAUUGGUGCACAUGGAUGUGAUGUGCCAGUGGAAGACAGAGAAGAUCCUUAUUCAUGCAGGCUUCUGAACAUAACUAACCCAGUUCUGAAUCAAGAAAUUGAAGCAUUCAUUUUGCCAGAGGAUGAUACUUCAGUGCUCUCAGAAGACAGAGUUGUCAGUGUUCAUUUCAAAGUCCUGUACCCGAUUGUCAUCACCAGUCUUGGGGUGUUCUACGAUGCUAAGGGUGCAGGAUUCCAGAGAAACAUCACAGUGAAACUAUACCAGGCAGAACAGGAGGAGGCACUCUUUAGUGCUCGUUUUAGUCCACCUAGCUGUGGAGUGCAAGUGAACAGACUCUGGUACAAACCUGUAGAACAAUUCAUUCUGCCUGAGAGUUUUGAAGGCACUAUUGUGUGGGAAAGCCAGGAUCUGCAAGGCCUAGUUUCUAAAAAUCUUCACAAAGUGAUGGUGAAUGAUGGCGGAGGUGUCUUCAGAAUCACUACGGCAGGGGAAGGGUCAUUGCCACAUGAAUUUACACAAGGUGUGGAGGGGAUUGCAGGAGGCUUUAUUUACACAAUUCAAGAGGGAGAGGCGCUCUUAAAAAACCUGCAGAGCCGCUCUGAAAGAUUCAUUCAUCAUAUAAGUAAACUUGAAGAGGAAGAUGCCUUAUUGAAGGAAGAAAGCAACACUUAUGAUGAUAUUGUUUUUGUAGAUGUCAUUGAUACAUACAGAAAUGUUCCAGCCAAAUUAUUGAACUUCUAUCGAUGGACAGUAGAAGCAGUUAGUUUCAACGUAUUGUUGAAGACGGAUGAUGACUGCUACAUAGAUUUGGAGGCUGUAUUCAACAGAAUAAAGCUUAAAAACUUAGGCAGACCAAAUACUUGGUGGGGAAAUUUCAGAUUAAAUUGGGCAGUUGACCGCACUGGGAAGUGGCAAGAGCUAGAAUAUCCAAGUCCUGCAUAUCCAGCCUUUGCCUGCGGGUCUGGUUAUGUUAUUUCCAAAGACAUUGUAGAAUGGCUUGCAAGAAACUCAGAGAGACUAAAGAUAUAUCAGGGUGAAGAUGUGAGUAUGGGCAUUUGGAUGGCAGCCAUUGGGCCAAAACGGUAUCAGAUGGUGAUCACAACCCACUUGGUGGACUGUCAUCCAGGGAAAAUCUUAUUUCUUACAGUUAUAUCCAGCCUUUUCUCCAAGGACCUUAAGGAUAGUGCACAUGGUUCUCCCCUCCCCAUAUUAUCUUCACAAGCCUCUCAGGACAGUCUCUGGUUGUGUGAGAAGACAUGUGAGAGUGGCAUGCUAUCAUCUCCACAGUAUUCUCCUGAGGAACUUGCAGAGCUCUGGAGAGUAAAGGAACUUUGUGGAGACCCCUGCAAAUGUGAAGAAAGAUGAAGACAUGACACAAUACAGCAUCAGCUGAAUACUGCCAGCACAUAUGGGAAACUGGAGGAGUUUUCAGUUACGCAUUAGUGAUAAAGGGAAAGGCUCAAAAGCAGCUUCCAAAAAACUUCCUUACGUAAGACAACACGAAUCUCCUAUGUAGUUUGUCACUUGUGACAAAUAUAAGUAUGUAAGUGGCAGUUAUAUGUGCCUCCCCACUCCCAAGUGACAGGGUGAGAGAGAUGGAUAUUCACUAUGGGUGCAAACUACAUAUGGUAUUUGAACAUUUCUCACUAGUUUAUUCAUGUAGCUAAAUUGUCUUGUGGCAAGUGGCCCUUUAACAAAUUUUUGCAGUAGUAUACUUGUGUGGCAUUGUGUGUUACUAUAGAGGUCAAUCAGCUGAGGCAGACUGCAUACAUCUGGGGGGCAUUUUAAGACUUGUGAAAUUAAGCUUAUAGUAGCAUGACUAAUUUCAAUCUGAUCCCAAUUCAGGAGACAGGACUAGGUAGUAUACCAGUAUUCUUCUCAUAGGCACUUUUUAUUCUACAACUGACUAAAGAAAGGCAUUGAAUGGUUCAAUAAUUUGGCGGUUCUUCAUACCUUGAACCAACAAAUGAAGGGACCAGGUUAUUUCUCCUAUGAGUAGUAUGAAUACAGAACACUAAGGCUGCAAUCCUGUACGCCCUUGGGGGAGUAAGGUUGAGUAGGAUUGUGCUGUAAGUAGGUGUGUUUGCUUAGUAAAAUGCUUGCUAGUUAAUACAUGGCAUUCAGGCCAGAUGGGCAAUGAGAAUACCUCUGAUUUUAAUUCUAUGGGUGUUACAGUUGUCUAUAUAAUAAUUAGAGGGGGUUUUAAAAGUCCCACCAACUUCUAAAGGUUAGCAGUGUAGCACAAACCAUUAAUUAAACUCGUUUCCAUUAAGGUGGUUAAAGCUUACCUUUUGUCAAUGAGGCAUGGCACCAUUUUAAAGAGACAUUUAUUAACAAAGUACAGUAUCUACUAGUUUGCCUAGUAAAUAAGCUUUCAAUUUUUUCAUAUCAAGGUUCUUCCGCAUAAUACAGGUAAAAAUCAAUAUAUACACUUGCGUAGAGGCUCUGCUAGCAGCAUACAACUUCUCUUUAAAAGAUGUAAAGGCAGCUGUUACCAUCGUACUAGAAUGCAAUCUUCAUUUUCGAUAGAGUAAAAUUGCAAGGGCUUUAGAUCAUUGUCUAGUUCAAAUUCCUUGCCUUUCAUCUAGGAUUUAAAAAGAACCAGACAUUAGACUCACAUUUUAAUCUUGUAUACAAUUUUUUAAAAGAUUGAAGAUGUGAGGUCAAGCCCCCACCACGCAAAGUGAAGCUGAAUAAUAUCCCAAACUAUGGUUAUGAUUGCUGUUCUUUAAAGGAAUCAAUUUAAUAGUGUUAGAGUGUUGACCAUAGCAAUGUGACAAAUUAUAUUACUUUGAAUUCAUGUAUUGUUGUAUUACUGAACUUGAACUUACUUUAGAACUUUCAUAGGAUAGUUUCAGUUCUGAACCUGGGAUUUUAAGUAGCCGAUACAGCAAUCCUUUGACCUUCUGAAUAGUCAUAGUUUCUGUAUAGGAAAAAGAAAAUUGUUCAACUACAUAUAGUUACCAUUUGAUGCAUUUAAGUCUAGCAAGCACUGAUAUAAAAGCAAAUUCAUUGAUGUUGCUCUUGCAGCUCCGAAGAAGCAAUUAUCAGCACCACCUCAAUUUGACAUAAAGUUUGUAAAACGUAAAAAACUAUAAACCAAAUUAGAGUUUCCAGUUUGUGUAUACAACAUACUGACCUAAGUGACCUUCAGGACUUAGUUUAUGGCAUUUGCUCUUUUGUACCCUGACUGAAGCCCUUCCCUCUGCAGAAAAUGAAUGCUAUUCUAGGACCACAUUACAAAGUCCCCAAAAUUAUGUAUGCUAAUUAGUUCCAGAUUAGCAGUAGCUUUAUGUGCUUGUAUUACAAACCAAUGCAUAUGAACAUGAAGGUGUAUUUUUGUAGUGCAACUUGGAGUAAAUUAGUUUUUUUAAAAAAUCUCUAAAUUUAAACAAUGCAAGAUACUGACUAUUCUGGGUAAUCCCCCCUUUCAUUUAAAGCUUUAUCUGAAGGCACAGCAAUAGUGAGUUACUCUAUUGUCACAAAAUGUACUUAGAAAAAUAUUUUUCUAUUAACUUUUUGGAAAAGCUGUAUAUUUUAUGCAACUUGUGAUACAUGUGAUUUUUAUUUUAGAAUAAAUACUUUUCAAAAUACAA